AUGUUGUCUCGGGCGAUCGCACUGCCGCGCAUGUGCCUAACAUGCCGCUUCGUCCUCGCACGUUGCAACACGAUUCACGAGACUUAUCGACGGAAACAUCACGACAAUCAGCUGCGAAGCUUCACGUAUGACUCGAGACCUUCUAGCAAGGAGAGAAUAGAAGCAUUGAUAUCUGGAUCGAUCGCCGACGAAGAAUAUGCACCGGGGGCCAAAUCCAAAGGCCGCAAUAGGAGAAAUCGAAGAGGAAAUUUUCAGAGAAAGGGCAGUAGAUCGGAUGACGAUGAUGAACCUGCUGAAUGGGAGCUUCCUCCAAAGCCGGCCGCCCAUGCGCCUCCUCCUCAGUCCUGCCUCGAGAUUCCUGAAAUACAAGAAACUUCCGAACCAUGCACCGAAGAUUUGAAGUCACCAUCAGAAGACCUACCCUUGGAUAAUAAGCCACAGCCCCUCGAGCCACGUCCAGCGAGGCCGCGGCGGGUGUUUAGCCAUGGUUUGCUGCGCCACCAGGAUCUCGGUGUCACGGUGCUAGGAAAACCGAUUGAGGCCCUCAUAAUAAAAAACCCAAAUAAGAUGCGGAAUCUGAGGAAGCCGUUGCCGAUACUUGAGGAAGAUACGGCGGUCACGGGUUCUCCUGUGCACUGGGGAGACAAUGUUCCAAUGGACGACGACUGCAGUUCAGACUUUUCUGCCGAAGUGCAAAGAAAUAUUGAGGAACUGCGUCCUAAAUAUUCGACAGUGCUGCGAAGGAAAGACUUCGACAAACUCAUGAGUGCCCUCGUCGAUGGGUUUACUGGGAGCCAGCUGAUCGACUACUUUAGCAAGGGCAACAGUGACUCGAUGCUGAAUGCAGCAGACACUCCGUCCUACUCAUGGUUGGUUAGGCGUGAUCCAUGGGUAGCAGCACAGUCAAACCAAUGGGGCGUUCUCAAGCCCAAACAGAAACAGGCAGUGUUGAUUAUGACGACCAUGUGGAAAUUGGAGAUCCAGGAGCAGGUCGAGGGCUUAGGUAGGACGUUGAUAUGGCUCAAGCCGGACACAUUCCGCCUCCUUGUCCGCACCCCCAACCGAGUCAUCGAAUCAUUGAGAGCCGAUUUCUUGGAUACAUCAAACAAUGAGAGGAUAUCAACGAAUCUUGACGAUUUCCGGAUAGCCAUGUACACUCGCAAGUCAACUGUUCCCCUUAUUCUGGACCGAAUCGACGAGGCCGUUCGAUUGAUUUCGUCUAAAACAAUAUCGACGAAGCAUAUUUCGAAAGACAAUCUCCUCAGUCCUGUCCUUGAAGAACUCGAACGCAUCACCAAUACGGUUCUGGAGCACCAGGCCAAGCACUCGGAGCUUUCGAUAUCGUGGCUUGCCGACAUCGGCCAGUCCCAAGCGACCCCCGGGUCGAAUGACGCAUCGAUGUGUACAAUCCCGACAGAAACUCCAGCAGACAUCGUGUUGCGAUUGUUGUUGACCCGGCGACAGUCAAAAGACGAGUUUAGCGAUGUCCAAAUUCUCUCUCCGAACAACAGCGAUGUCAACGAUGGCAUCUUUCUGGAGCAUCACCGGGAGAAAAAGGCCAUGUCCUGGAGAGACAAGAUGCGACGAUGGUCGCGAUACGUCACCCCUAUCUACAAAGAAUCUUCUGCGGAUGGCAAGCCAUUGAGUCUGCCCAGCAAAGCUCUACUCCGAAAAUCAUCUGGCGUGACUGUAGGCGAUCAAAUCCCAAAUCAUGUUACGGCUACCUUUGGACACAUCCUCCACACAGAGGACGAUGUGAGGGAGACCAAGAUGGCGAAGAACCGACGCAUUCUCUUCCCCGUGGUCCCGCACCCUGCGGCGUUAACAUCGGUCACUGUCAGCAAAAACAACGCCAUCGUGCAGUCCGCCUCCAUCGUCCUCAAUUUCACCCCCGACCCAACACCACCAUUGCCUCAUGGGCAGGCCAAUCUCCCCCCCCAGAUUCGCCUCCGGCUCCCCGUCAACCCGGACAACGACCUGGCGGCGUUUUCCGUACCUCCCGACUCGACACUCGAAGGCAUCGCACCGUGGCAGGUCAAGGACAUUCUGCUACCCGGCGAAACCGUCGACGUUCGUCUAACACAGCACCGCUUCCUCCCACUCAAUGCCAACCAGUCUUCGUUGAAGGCAUUCCUCGCCGCGUCUGAGUUCAACCUUCUCGCCGGUCAACUCAGAACCCCGAGCAGGACCCGAUUCUCCAUCCCCAGCAGCUGGCUACCCAAGGGAGACCAGUCAACGACGGAGCAAACGCCUGAAGUUCCUUACCUCUUUACGGGCCUCGAGGUUCAUCAGGUCGUCGAGCUGGCAUGGCACGGUCACAUCCUCCGCUACAGCAGCAUCGAAGCCGGCCAGCACGCCGGCCAGCGACGGGAACUCUCCCUCCACGCAAAUCUUGGCGACCUCCAUGCCAUAGGGCAAAACAAGACUUUUUUGCAGCUCGUGGAGGAAGUGGCCUUGGGGAAACACUUCCCAUGGCAGGAUGGACACAAGCUCAUGCAGCAGUGCUCAGGCGACGAGUUUACUGGGGCUCAGAUAAUAGAUGAGCCGUGUUAUGAUGAGACGGUCUCGACUCGGGAAGCAGACGCCGAGGUCUCGAGCGAAGAGGCAGGACCCUUGGGCGUGAACUCCCUCGAUAACAGCGAGGCGGCGCGAAGGCCUUGA